ACCGCAGCGCCCUGCUGCUGCCCGAGCCCGGCCGGAACGCCACGGAGGAGCCGCGGGACGACGCGUGGGUGGUGGGCAUGGGCAUCGUCAUGUCGCUCAUCGUGCUGGCCAUCGUGUUCGGGAACGUGCUGGUCAUCACGGCCAUCGCCAGGUUCGAGCGGCUGCAGACGGUCACCAACUACUUCAUCACCUCCCUGGCCUGCGCGGACUUGGUCAUGGGCCUGGCCGUGGUGCCCUUCGGGGCCUGCCACAUCCUCAUGGAGAUGUGGACUUUCGGCAACUUCUGGUGCGAGUUCUGGACGUCCCUCGACGUGCUGUGCGUCACGGCCAGCAUCGAGACCCUGUGCGUGAUCGCGGUGGAUCGCUACUUCGCCAUCACCUCGCCCUUCAAGUACCAGAGCCUGCUGACCAAGAGGAAGGCCCGUGGCGUCAUCCUGGUGGUGUGGGUCGUGUCCGGCCUCACCUCGUUCUUGCCCAUUCAGAUGCACUGGUACCGGGCCUCCCACCCAGAAGCCAUCAGCUGCUAUGCCAAGGAGACCUGCUGUGACUUCUUCACGAACCAGCCCUAUGCCAUCGCCUCCUCCAUCGUCUCCUUCUACUUGCCGCUGGUGGUCAUGGUGUUCGUCUACUCCAGGGUUUUCCAGGUGGCCCGGAGGCAGCUGCAGAGGAUCGACAGAGCGGAGGGCCGCUUCCAUGCGCCCGGCCUGGGCCAGGUGGAGCAGGAGGGUCGGAGCAGUCAGCGAAGGGCCUCCAAGUUCUGCCUGAAAGAGCACAAAGCCCUCAAGACGCUGGGCAUCAUCAUGGGCACCUUCACCCUGUGCUGGCUGCCCUUCUUCAUCGUCAACAUCGUGCACGUGGUCCAGGACAACCUCAUUCCCAAAGACAUCUACAUCUUCUUGAACUGGGUGGGCUACGCCAACUCCGCCUUCAACCCCCUCAUCUACUGCCGCAGCCCCGAUUUCAGGGUCGCCUUCCAGGAACUUCUGUGCUUGCGCAGGUCUUCUCUGAAGGCCUGUGGGAAUGGCUACUCCACCAACAGCAACGACAGGACUGAGCACACAGGGGAGCAGAGCGGAUACCAGCUGGGACAGGAGAAAGACAGCCAACUGCUGUGUGGGGUCCCUCCAGGCACGGAAGACUUUGUGAGCCGACAAGGUACUGUGCCUAACGAUAGCACUGAUUCACAAGGGAGGAAUUGUAGUACCAAUGACUCACUGCUGUAAAGCAUUCUUUUCUACUUUUUAAGACUCCCCCCAAAACACUAAAGACUAUCUAAGUGGCACGUAACAAAUUUUCAAUGAAACUGUAUAAAUAUAUACAGG